CAAACGGAUUUAACGGAAAAAAGAAGUCUCAUUGUAUCACUUUAGUUCCUCCAAAAUGGCUCGCAUGGUAGACAUAAAUGGAAUCUCCAAAACUCUCCUAGUCCUUCCAAAGUUUCCCAACGUCAAAUGGACCUCAAACAGAGUGAAAAUAAUUGGAUUUCUCGGCAAGAAAAGCGAGGAUCUUGGAACACACCCAUUACAAACUACAAGAAGAUUAGCAAUAAGCCUUGCGUCCAUAGCUCUUAUCGGAAAUUCAGCCAAUGGGAUGAUAUCUCUAGCCGACGACAAUGGCUUCUGGAUCGACGGUCCUUUACCUGUGCCGCCUGUCUACAACGAGAUUGCAAAUGAGAAAACGGGUACUCGUUCAUUUCUGAAGAAAGGAAUCUAUAUGGCUAAUAUUGGAAUCAAAGGUAGUGCCUAUCGGCUGAGAAAAUAUGCAUUUGAUCUCUUAGCAAUGGCGGAUUUGGUCGGACAAGAUACUUUAAACUAUGUCAGGAGGUAUCUACGACUCAAGUCCACGUUCAUGUACUACGAUUUCGAUAAAGUGAUCUCAGCUGCACCAGUGAAUGAAAAGCAACCUCUGUUGGAUCUAGCUAACAGAUUGUUCGACAGCUUCGAAAAGCUUGAAGAUGCUGCCAAGAAGAAGAAUCUGCCUCAGACAGAAUCAUAUUAUCGGGACACAACCGUUAUACUCCAAGAGGUCAUGGAGCGAAUGGCAUAAUCUGUUAAUCAGUUGGCCUGAUUUACACAUG